GUGUAUAUACUCUGGUGUGUUUUACACUCAUUCAUCAGACCUCUUUGAUCCAGCAGGAAGAAGAGACGCUGACUCAAAACUCAACAAUGUUGGGUAAGAGAUCGUUAUCAGCAGCUCUGCUUGCUGUGGCUGUGGGAGUUUAUCUGCUGCCUUCUCCCAUAGACCCCAAACCACACGUACUGAAGGGGCCUCCUCCGGCCCUCGAGGGGCCGCUGGCUGUCAACACCCGACUGCAGAAGGGCCGCAGGCUGUUUACUGGGAAACUACACGGACCAGAAUCCUUCACUGCUGAUGAGGAGGGUAAUGUGUACACAGGGACCGUGGACGGGAAGCUGUGGAGGAUCGGUCCUGAUGACAGCCUCGCCCUCAUCACACAGAUGGGACAGAAUUUACCAGAAUGUGGCAGCAGUACAGACUAUGAGCCUGUGUGCGGUCGUCCUCACGGUGUUCGUCUGGAUCGUCACGGGCAGCUGAUAGUUGCUGACUCUUACUUUGGGCUGCACAGCGUCAACCCCAAAACUGGAGAAAAGACUCUGCUCCUGGCUAACUCGCAGGGUGCUGAUGGCGUUCCCUUUGCCUUCCUAAACGGCGUGGAGAUUUCAUCCCAAACUGGGAUCGUUUAUUUCACCGACUCUUCCAGUCGCUGGGGACGCAGACACGUCAAACUGGAGGUGAUCGAGCUGAACAGCCUCGGCCGUCUUCUCUCCUACGAUCCAGAGACAGGAAGUGUGAAGGUCCUGCUGGACUCUCUCUACAUGCCCAACGGCGUCGUCCUUUCGCCUGACGAACACUUCCUGCUGCUGGCGGAGACCAGCAUCGGACGCGUGCUGAGAUAUUGGCUGAAGGGCCCGAAGGCUGGUACCAAGGAGAUCCUCAUGGACAACAUGAUCGGUUACCCUGACAACAUCCGCCUGAGCGACCACGGAACAUUCCUGGUUGGCAUAACGACGACGCGGUUCCGGAAGGUCAUGCCUCCCUUCCUGGACAUGAUCGCCCCGUACCCGGCUGUCAAGCGCUUCCUGGCCAAGGUGAUUCCUCUGAGCUGGUACAACCUUCUGCUGCCGCACUACGCUCUGGUCCUGGAGCUGGGAUUGGACGGUGAGAUUGUGGGAACGCUGCACGACCCUGAAGGCCGCCUGACGUGGGCCAUCAGCGACGUCUUCCAGCACAGAGGGAGGACCUACCUGGGCAGCACCGACCUGCCGUUCCUGCCCGUCCUGGAGGGAUGGGCGAGCUGCUGACGGAGCACAGCUGAACACAGAGAAACUAAAUGUAGGCUAAUUCAUUUUUAUUUCUGGACAGUUUAAGUUUCUGUACAUGAUUGAGCAGCUACGAUGACACUUGUGGCGCUUCUGAAUUUUUACAUUUUUAAGGUUUUUACUCGACGUUCACCUCUGGAGCGACAUGUGGAGGUUUCAUAGAUCAAACCUGGAUGUUGUGGUUUCAGGUCGGACUGACUGAGCAACUAUGAUCAUCUAAAGACAUUUUUAGAAAAGUCAAACUUCCUGUUGGAACAGAAAAAAACCUUCCAUCUGCCUAAACGAUGAACUGUAAGUGAUGAAAUUCCACUUGAUGGACGAAAAUUGACGUACUUUUUAGAGCUAAAGACAUUAAGUGUCCCAAAAUUGGUGAGCUAAAUCUGUGUUAUAUACUCAAAAUACUGUGGAGUUACUCCAGCGAUUUAUCAUUGCACUCCUAUAAAAUUAUCACACCCACGAUAGACAGCUUAAGAAAUUAAAAGUAUAAAAGUCGAUGAA